UUAUGUUUUUGAGUGUUAAUAUUAUAUCGAUAGCUGAAAGAAUUGAUAUUUCAAAAAUAACUUUUUGGACUUACAACUAAACCAAGUCCAACGCAGACCAAUUUAUAUUAAUAGAUCUUAGACUAGUUGGUUCUGUUCUGUGGUUAAAAAAAAAAUCAUUUAUUCAUAUUUUUCCUUGAUGCUCUUUGAUAAAAAUGGAAGCUGGAAGUGGUGAAGCCGGUGCGAAAAAUCAUCUCAGCGAUGUUUUAUCUGAACCAGAAUAUGCUAGCAUACCUAAUCCUGUUGCAAAGAAGAUUAAUUCAUAUAUCGACAAAAAAUUUGAAGAGUACUUGACAUCCAAAGCUCUUCAUGAGACCAGCAAAUCUCAAAUAGGUGAUAAAAUUGCUACUUCUGAAGCCACAAUUCUUGAGCUAACUGUAAAAUAUGAAGAGUCUGUUAAAAAAUUGUCUGCUGCAGAUGAUACUAUUGCAGAAUUAGGAAAGCAAGUUGAGAGUCUAAAUUCAGAACUUGAGAAAGCACGCGAUAAAAUUAAUUCUUUAGAAAAUGAAAUUAUAUCACUUAAAAGCUCCCGAGAUGCCGCAGUUGAUGAAAGAAAUGACUUGACACGUAUUUUACAACGGCGGGAUGUUGAAAUAGAACGAAUGACAGCCAGCGAAGCAUCGCUUUCCCAACAAUUACGUGCUGCUAUCGAUGCGAAAUGUGAAGCUUUAGCAUUAAAUGAUGAAAUCCAGAGCAAAGAACUUUCAUUGCAAUAUCGAGAAAAAAGAAUAGAACAAGAAAGAAUUUUAUUGAAUUCUCAAAUUGGCGCUCUAACUGAGGAAGUGAAUAGAUUGACUUCGGAACUGCAAACUGUGCGUCUAAAUAACACAAGCAGAUUAGUCAAUCUGGAAACACAGUUAGCUGAAAAAGUGGAAGAAUUAAAUGCAGCAAAUGAAACAAUAGCUCAACUGAAUGAAGUCAAGAAGAAUCUUAAUACUCGUGCUGAGAGUUUGACACAGCGUUUAAUGGAACAAAGAGAAAUUGAAAAUAAGAUGACUGAUAAUUACAAAAAAGAAUUAGAUGCAAAAACUAAACUAGCAGACUUAUUUAAAACCAUGCAUGAUGAUGCAGAAGCAAAAACCAUGGAAUUGACUGAUGGUAUAACAGAACUGCAACGAUUAUUAAAUGAAGCAACUGAAAAAUAUGGGGAUUUAGAAACUAAAUAUAAACAAGCAGAAAUGGAUCAUGAAGAAUUGAUGGAAAAGAAAAAUGAAGUGAUUGCAUCUUUGAAAGGUGAAUUGGAACAUGCAAACGAUUUACUAAAAGCUGCAAAUGCCCAAACUUUGGAUAUGGCAUUAAGUGAUUUAGCUCCAUCUGCCGCAACAGCUAGCAAGCUUUUAAAAUCGGGCAUGUCUCUGACACAGAUCUACUCGCAAUUAGUAAAGGUCACUGAUGAACUAACUCAAGAGAAAGAAGAAAACAGGCGCUUAAAUAUAACUAUUAAUACUAUUGUACAGGAACUAGAAGAAAAAGCACCAAUGCUACAAAAGCAAAAGGCAGAAUAUGAAGAAGCCAUUGAAAGCAACACUGCAUUGAGUCAGCAAAUAGAUUCUAUUUUGAUUGAAUGUAAUAGAUUAAGGGAUGACUAUAGUGAAACAUCGAAAAUUGCUAACCAUUACAGCAGAGAAAACGCUAAAUUAAAAGGAGAAUUAGCGGAUUUGGGACGACAGGUAUGUUUCCUAUUAAAGGAAAUAGAACAUACUCGUGGUGGUCUUUUACCGAACGGCGACCAUGAUUCUUCUCAUACUGCAUCAAAUACUACAAAUUCUUCUGAUCUAAGUUCAUCGCGUAUUAUCUCAAAAACAUUAGUGACAUUCAGUGAUAUUCAGGAAUUGCAAUCAAAUAACCAAAAAUUAUUAAGGAUGGUUCGCGAAUUGACCGAGAAGCAAGAAGAAUUUGAACGUCAUAAAGAACAAUUUGAAAGUGGAGAAAUGCAAAGUAAAAUAGAAACUUUGAAAAAUAGAGUUACAGAAUUGACAGAAGCUCAGGAUAGGCAAACUAAAAUGGUUAAUGGCUUGAUUAGACAACGCGACAUGUUCAAAAAAUUAUACCAUGAUCACAUGAAAGGAAAACGUCAAGAAAUGUCUUCUGUACUAGAAGUUUCUGAUUUAGAUAAAGACACUUUUGCAAUGGACACAUCAUCUGAAAAAACUAAGCCAGCUGAAAUCGAUACAUCUGGGUUCGAGAUCAAGUAUAGAGAGUCAGAAAAACACUUGGAGUUAUUAAAAGAAGAAUAUAAAACAUACAAAGAAGAAAAAGUAACAAAUGAACGGAUGCUUUUUGAACAAAUAGAUAAUAUGAGACAAGAAAUUGCGAAGCUUACAGCAGCUAAUAGUAAAUGUGCUUCUACUUCAGAAUAUAAUAAUGAACGACUUAAGAUCCUGCAAACAAAUAUAACAACAUACAAAAAACAGAUAUCAUCGUUAGAAGAAAAGAAUAAGGCAUAUAAUGCAACAAUUGCUAAACAUGAAGUUUCAUUACAACAUUUAAGAGAUGAGGCUCUUAAUGCUCAGAGCAAACUCGCUGCUGCUGAAAUUCAACUCGAAAAUAUGAAAUUAGAAUGUAAGUUAUUGAAGGAUGCGGAAGUACGUCUACAGACUGAAAAAGAAGUGCUAAACCGUGAACGGCAAGGUCAGUCAUUGUUAUUGAAAAACCUAGAAUUGAUUAAAGCCAGUUUGGAAAGAGUUGAAGCUGAAAAUCGUGCCAAACUAGAAUCUAGAUUAGAUGAAGCAACAAGAGAAUGCUCUGCUUUAAGAAGAAGAUUACAAGAAGAGCAAGAUCGUUUUAGAGAAUUAGCUGCACAUCUAGAAAGACAAACAGAUACAGCCAAGUCCCGUAUGCAAGAAGAAAAAGAUGCUGCUGAUUUAAUGCGAAAGGAAAUUUCCCAGUUGCGUCAAGAUUUGCUAGACAAAAAUAAGUCUAAUGAAGAACUUGCUAAAAAAUUAAAAUUGGCACUUGCACCUAAUAGUGAUGGUUCAUUUGAUACUAUGAAAAAAAUAAAAGAACUUGAAAAUAAAUUGUCUGACCGAGAUAAUGAAAUAAAAUCCCUUCAAGAACAGUUGAAUGUUGCUAAAGAACACAUAAAACAAUAUUGCGAUAUUUCUGAAGGUGCUGAGAAAGAACUGAAAACUCUUAAUGAUGUUUACGAAAAAUACAAGUCUGAAACAGAAAUUAAACUAUCAAAUUAUUCUCAUAAUCUUCAGAAGCUUGAGGAUAAAUGUGCUGAAUUGGAGGCAGAGCUCUCUCUUCACUCCAAUGGCGAACAUUCUGCGAGUAAUAAUUCUUUGCGCAAUGAAUUGGCUAUUGCUAAAGAAGAACUAAAAACUUCAUUAGCUAACUAUGAGAACUGUAAAUCUGAAUUAGAAGCUGCACGUUCAGAAAUCACAAAAUUAUCAGAAGCUUAUCAAAAAGCGGAGGAAAAGUAUACUCACGAAAUGAUAUUACAUUCAACCGAUGUUCAAACUCUUUCGAAAUUGAAAGAAGAACUGUUAAAUGCUCAAAAUCAAUUAAACGAGUUAAUAGCAUUGAAAAAUAAUGCUUUAGAAACUUUAGAAGCUGAAAGAUCAUCUUGGUCUGAAAGGCAAAAAAUAUUGAUAAAUGAAAAUGAACAAUUAACACAACGUUUGCAAGAUUUGAAUCAACAGAAUUCAUUACUACACGAUCAAAUUCAAGCUCUAGGUACACAGCUCUCCGUUUCUCAUGCAUCUAGGUCACAUUCCGAAAGCAUGAACGAAUCUGCAAAUGAAUCUGUCAAUGUUUCUAUCAGUGAAGAUGACGGAAAAUCAUCAGAACAGCUCUUCCAAAUCGUUAAAUAUUUAAGAAAAGAGAAAGACAUUGCCAUGGCUAAAUUUGAUAUUUUGCAAGCUGAAACAAUGAGACUUAAAUCACAAUUAGAAAUUGCUGAAAAACAACUUGAUGAUACAAAAUUAGCUUUAGCAGCUGAAAGAGAAAGAUCAGAAGUAACUAUGGUUACAGUCGGCAGACAAUCUGAUAUUUUGAGAAAAGUGGAAACUCUAAAUGCCCUCACAGAUAGUAACAGAAUCUUAAGAGAAGAACGUGAUAAUUUGAAUGCUCGUGUUGAGGAUCUAACUGCAAAUCUCAAAGCUAUGGAGGAACAGGUAGCACCCAUGCAAGAAAAGUUGACCGAUCUCUCAUCUAAAAAUGAAACAUAUCAAUCCGAAAACACAUCUCUUAGAGCUGACUGUGCUAGAUGGAGAACUAGAGUGAAUGCCCUUGUAGAAAGAGCAAAUAAAACAAGUCCAGAAGAUUGGAAACGCCUACAAAAUGAAAGAGAAACAUUGGCUAAAAUGCUCACAAAUGAGAAGGAAAAUGUCCGCAAAUUAAACGAAGAACUUAGUGCUAUUAAAUUAGAGAAAUCUAAACUAGAAGAACAAUAUACAGUACUAUCUCGACAGCAGAAUAAUUUAGUAGAAGAGAAUAAGAAAUUAAAUGAAGAAUUGCAAAUUCUCAAGGAAGACCUGUCGCGGUUGACCGAAGAAUUAACAAAACUUAAGCAAGAACUUUCUUCAUGUAAUGAAUCAAAUGUGAAAUUAACUGAAGAGAUAACCACUAAAGAAGCUUCUUUGAAUGAUAUUAGGAAUAAAGAAAUGCAAAUUAGAAAAAUUGCCAAAAAAUACAAAGGACAAUAUGAGGAUCUGGUGAAAACUGUGGAGGAAGAUAAAAAGAAAUCUGAGGGUGAAGCUGUUGCUGCCGAUACGGCACUUGCAGAAAGUACAAAGAAAUUACAAGAUCAGCUUAAUGACUUACAGUCAAAAUUGGACUCUGAAAAGACUAACAAUGAAAAAUUGAAACAAGAAUUAGAAAGUCUCCGAACCACAAAUUUAGAUAAAGAGGAGAAAGCGAAACAAGUACUGAAACAAGCAAAGAGUAAAAUAGUCCAACUGACAGAAUUAAAGAAUACCUUAAGUAGGGAACUUGAUGAAACUCGAAACAAAAUAGGAACUAUAGAACAAGUAGCACAGAGCACACGUGACGAACAAGAUGUGCGAUUAGCGCUCAUUAAAUCUCAAUACGAAGGACGUUUGUCUCGAUUAGAAAAAGAAAGAGGCGAAGCACAAGAGAGAGUCAAUUUACUUCAGAGACAACUUGCAGCCAGUCAAGCUUCAGCAUCUAAACAGCAGGUGGCUACUGAAAAGACAACUACUGAUCCUCCUACAGCAAAUAUUAAACCUAUGGCAGGUAAGUGAAUUUCUUAUUUACUUAUGAGUUUGCCCAUAGGGAACUUGUGAUAAUUUUGACAAGUGAAUAG